AUGGCCCUUACGCAAGCCCAACAGAUCGAGCGUCUCAUCCAGGCCUUUGGCGACAAGAUCCGGUUCGAAGAGGGCCCACACCAAGAAGUCGAAGAGGCCCCUGAGACUAUCGUCCUAGACCCUCUCGCUCUAGAUCGUCAGAUUGCUGCCAAAAAGGCCGCCACUAAAGGCAAGUCCAUUACCAUGCCGACUCUCCACUACGUUGGACCGCCCCUUGAGCCUUCCAAGUCCGAAAAGUUGGCACCUGCCGAUUUCAACGCUCUUGUCUCGCAAGAUUUCCCAGAGUUUAAAAGUUUGAAGGCCGGUGACCUCUCUGAGGAAGGCAUGACCUUCGUCUCGUGGGACUUGGUCCAGAGAUACUCCACGAGCUUUAUCGGCAAGACCAACCGCCCCAAGGCUCAACCUUUCUUUGAUGAUAUGACGGAGGAACAGACCUGGGACUUCUUCUAUGUCUACCACCCCCAGGCUCUAGACAGGACCCCCUACAUCUUUGUCCCCACCAAGCAAUUCCAGCACUUCCUCGACGUGGUUAACGCCUCGAUACAGACGAGGCUGGCCAUCCCGCUCGGCAAGCCAGGCGAGAUGUUCUACAUCACCUUCGGCUCGAGCUGUACCAUCCGCCCAAAGUACAUUGCCCGCUCGGCCUCACACAGCGAGUACCGUGCCCUCCGCAAUGCGGUCCCGCCCCCUGAGAAGGAUGAUGCACUCGCCGACGCCACCACCUUUGGUAAGGAGAUGCUCCUGUCCCUCCUCAAUAUACACAACAAUUACAAGGGUGCAAAUACCAAGAACAAGAAGAAGAAACAGGAGAAGGCCCAGUACCGCGAUGAGUCACUCUAUGACGCGCAGCUGUUCCUCGGUCUCCGUCCCAAAGCAAGCGAAAUCGCCGAGAAGGAGAAGGAGGUCGCAUUGGACCAGCCGGCACCCCAUACCCGGGAUCAAGAUGUUGUUUUUGUGUGCAUCGAUAUUGAGGUCGCCGAAGAACAUCACGGUACCGUUCUUGAAAUCGGACUGUCGACCUUGGACACCAGAGACCUUGCCGGCGUCCCGCUUGGCGAGAAUGGCUGCAACUGGGUCCCGUUCAUCAAGAACCGCCACUUCAUCACCGACGAGUACCGUCACAUCCGCAACCGCAAAUACGUCAAGGGUUGCCCCGAGCUCUUCAAUUUUGGUAAGAGCGAGUACCCCAAGCUCUGCGAUCUCGGCGACAUGAUCAUCGCCACAAUCAGCAAUCUCUCUGUUGCUGGCCAAGGGGGCGUUGCCGACGCCGACAGACGUUUCCGUAACAUUGUCCUUCUCGGCCACGACCUCCGAUCCGAUCUCGGGUAUCUGGACAGUAUGGGCGUGGAGCUGUGGAGCGUUGGCGGCGUCAUGAGCCGCACCCUCGACACCAAGGACAUGCAUCAGGCCUGGCGCCAGGAGACGCAGGGCCGCAGCCUGGGCCUGGUUCUCACUGACCUGGGUAUCCAGCACAGCAACCUGCAUAACGCGGGCAACGACGCGGCCUACACUAUCCAGGCGAUGAUUGGCCUGGCGGUUGCGGCGAGAGCCAAGAAGGACCAGAAGAAACUGAACAUGGGAGGCGAGGAGCAGUCGAUUGACACUUGA